UGUGUAUAUUGUAUUCGUAUUGAAUCGAGUUAGAGUUGAGUAGGUCAAAAUAAGACAAACAGCCAUGUCUUAAAUUUUCUGUAUCAUAAGCAUCUUUUAUAUAGGCGUACCUCUGCCCCUCCCAAUUUCCUUUCAUUAUCAUGUAACAUUUGACUCCUAGAAAUUGUUCCAGAUAUAGCUUUGAGCAUGAAGAAAAAGAUCGUGAUUGAUCUUCCACUGAGCACUGAUAAGAGCAGAUCAAAGGCAAUGCAGAUUGCUGUAAAUAUUCGAGGGGUUACAUCGGUAAAUAUAGAUAAGGAAAAAAAUCAUUUGGUUGUGAUAGGAGAAGGGGUUGAUUCUUUUGCACUAAUGAAGUGCCUAAAGAGGAAAUUCAGGUGCGCUAGCAUUGUCAGCGUGGAAGAAGUGAAACCUCCGAAUAAAGAGGCCGAAGAAAAGAAGAAGAAGGAAGAAGAAGCAAAGAAGAAGGAAGAAGAAGAAAAGAAGAGGAAGGAACAAGAAGAGAAGUGCAAAUUACAAUGUUGCCCACCAAUUAACCCCCCAUGUGUACAGUAUUAUCCAGUAUGUCAACCUGUUUAUGACAAUUAUAACCAAAGUUGCUCUAUUUUGUGAUGCAACUUUCGGAAUUUAUUCCCAACAAAUUCCUGAUUCCUCGAAAACAAUGAAAUUUCACACUUUGCCAACUUUUCAAUCUGUAUAUCUCCUCUUAUCAAGACUUAUUAUCCGGCCGUUCAAAGGCCACUCGUCACUAUUGGCACAGCUA